CCGCUGGGGGUGGCGGGAUAGGCUGGGCGCGGCCGGCGGUGCGGGCGGGCGCGGAGUGGGCCGGCUGCUGCUGUCCAGGUCUCUGCGGCCCCCGAGAGCCCUCCGUCCCGCCGGCGUCAUGGGCAAUUGCCACACGGUGGGGCCCAACGAGGCGCUGGUGGUUUCAGGGGGCUGUUGCGGUUCUGACUAUAAACAGUAUGUGUUUGGCGGCUGGGCCUGGGCCUGGUGGUGUAUCUCCGACACUCAGAGACUGUCUCUGGAGGUUAUGACCAUCCUGUGUCGCUGUGAGAAUAUUGAGACGUCGGAGGGGGUCCCGCUAUUCGUAACAGGGGUUGCACAGGAUUUCCCUAGAGAUUAUGACGUUGCAGCCCCGCUGCGAGGACGUAGAGACGGCCGAGGGGGUAGCUUUAACUGUGACGGGUGUCGCCCAGAGACCUGCAGGCUGAGGGGCAGAGAGCGGACUGCAGGGGUAGUGGGGAGCCCCAGAUGCCCAGGAGCGAGGCCGUGGCAGGGCCUGGGGCUGCCAGUGAAGAUGCAGUUCCUCAUGUCUUCUCCCCACUGGAGGCCUCAGGCAGACUCCACCCCCUCCCAGCCCCUAGGCCUCCAGGUGAAAAUCAUGACCGAGAAGGAGCUCCUGGCCGUGGCCUGCGAGCAGUUCCUGGGCAAGAGUGUGCAGGACAUCAAGAACGUCGUCCUGCAGACCCUGGAGGGGCACCUGCGCUCCAUCCUCGGGACCCUGACAGUGGAGCAGAUUUAUCAGGACCGGGACCAGUUUGCCAAGCUGGUGCGGGAGGUGGCAGCCCCAGACGUCGGCCGCAUGGGCAUCGAGAUCCUCAGCUUCACCAUCAAGGACGUGUAUGACAAAGUGGACUAUCUGAGCUCCCUGGGCAAGACGCAGACUGCUGUGGUACAGAGAGAUGCCGACAUCGGAGUGGCCGAGGCUGAGAGGGAUGCAGGCAUCCGGGAAGCCGAGUGCAAGAAGGAGAUGCUGGACGUGAAGUUCAUGGCAGACACGAAGAUCGCCGACUCCAAGCGAGCCUUCGAGCUGCAAAAGUCAGCCUUCAGUGAGGAGGUCAACAUCAAGACGGCUGAGGCCCAGCUGGCUUACGAGCUACAAGGGGCCCGUGAGCAGCAGAAGAUCCGGCAGGAAGAGAUUGAGAUUGAGGUUGUGCAGCGCAAGAAGCAGAUUGCAGUGGAGGCGCAGGAGAUCCUGCGCACAGACAAGGAGCUCAUUGCCACAGUGCGCUGCCCCGCCGAGGCCGAGGCCCACCGCAUACAGCAGAUCGCCGAGGGCGAGAAGGUGAAGCAGGUCCUCUUGGCACAGGCAGAGGCUGAGAAGAUCCGCAGAAUCGGGGAAGCGGAGGCAGCAGUCAUCGAGGCGAUGGGCAAGGCAGAGGCUGAGCGGAUGAAACUCAGGGCUGAGGCCUACCAGAAAUAUGGGGACGCAGCCAAGAUGGCCUUGGUGCUGGAGGCCCUGCCCCAGAUUGCUGCCAAAAUCUCCGCCCCCCUGACCAAAGUCGAUGAGAUUGUGGUCCUCAGUGGGGACAACAGCAAGGUGACCUCAGAAGUGAACCGACUGCUGGCCGAGCUGCCUGCCUCUGUGCAUGCCCUCACGGGCGUGGACCUGUCUAAGAUACCACUGAUCAAGAAGGCCACCGGUGCACAGGUGUGAGGUCCCGAAGGCUCACACCGUUCAGCAGCCAGCGCCCCCUCUUCAGCACCCGUUUUAGUACCACAGGGACAACGGGAACGUUACUGACUCUGGUGCCUUAUUCUGUAGGGACCAGGAGUGCUGCGUGUUCAGGCCUCUGGCUGUCUUCCCUUCUCCCCUGUCUCUGUCUGUCUCCGUCCUCUUCUCCUCUACCCCACACCCUCAUUUUCACUGCCACAUUUGUCUGGUUUGUCUCUUCCGCCCUUAUCUCCCUGUACGUGUCUUCCUUUGUCUGUCUGUCUUUUUCUCUCCCCUCUCCUCCCAUCCUCUACACACAUCAUGUAGUUUGAGCUGAAGAUGUUUAGUAUCAUCACUGUCUGUCUGUUGGGGGGUGGCCCCUGCUGCUCCUCAGAAUCCUGGUGCCUUGAAGUUUUCUGUGCAUCUGUCCAUUCCCCCUGUGGCCCCAGCCAGAGCUUCAGCAUGGGUGCAGGGAUUCUGGGUAGGACGGCCACCCUGCCCUCUCCUGGCCUGGUCCCUGCCCCCAGGAAGCCCCCAGCCUCGCCCACUCUGGCCCUUCUCGGCCCAGGUUAUCUGUGGCUGCAGGCCCAGGGCCAGCGCCAUUCACUAACCCCCUGCCCAGCCCCAGGCCUGCUCUCAUACCUUACCUCUUUCUCCCCCGCCCAGGGGCACGGAGGGAAGGCCUCCUGUGUAGAGCAGCUCCCUCAGUUUACUACUGCCUUAGGAGGCCCCUGCUUGUGCUCAGGGAAGUCCCCUUCAUGGACAUGUCCCUACUAGGUGGAGUGGGGCUUGGUCCCAACUCUGCUAAGCCCUCUGGGAUCAGGAUCUAGCGCUUCUGGAGACUAGAAAGUGUAGAGACCCUCUUCCUACUAGGGCUGUACUGUCCUGGGUGUCGGGCUGGGCCCUUCCAGUGGGCAAAGCUAUGCCACCCUAUACAGAAUCCAGUGCUGUAGACUGGCCAGACUCCACACCCCUCGUGCCAGCUUUCUUCCUGGCCAGAGUGAUUGGGUUCCAGCCGUGGGGAAGCAGCCCAGUCCUCUGUGUCCUUGCUCCCGUGGAGGCAGAAGAGCCCAGGACCCAAGCAUCCUGGCAGGGGUGCUGUGGGUGUCCUGUGGUCCCAGUCCCCACCCCUUGCCCUGCCCCAGCCUGUGUAGCUGUUCCUGCAUGUGGAUGCUGCAUGUGUGGUCUGGGGCUUGGAUGCCGCACUGCCCCGCUGCCUGUCCCUUCUGGGAAAAUAAAGAUCUGGUUAUGCCCA